AUGGAUGUCAGCGAAGAACGCCUUGGCGCUGACGGCGAACCUCUCCCCAAGACCGACGAAGAAUACGCAGAGUCUCAGCUCACCCUACGUGCUAUCGUUUCCUCUAAGGAAGCCGGUGUGAUCAUUGGCAAAGGUGGCAAGAAUGUCGCAGAUCUCCGUGACGAGACCGGUGUGAAGGCUGGUGUUAGCAAGGUUGUGCAAGGUGUACAUGACCGUGUGCUGACCAUUGCCGGUGGAUGUGAAGCUAUCUCAAAGGCUUAUGCAAUUGUCGCCAAGGCUUUAUUGGAGGGUGCACCACAGAUGGGAAUGGGCGGGGUUGUUUCAAACAAUGGCACCCACCCCAUAAAGUUGUUGAUUUCCCACAACCAGAUGGGCACAAUCAUCGGCCGACAGGGUCUAAAGAUCAAGCACAUCCAGGACGUUUCAGGCGUUAGAAUGGUCGCACAGAAGGAAAUGCUACCACAAUCGACUGAGCGCAUUGUGGAGGUACAAGGCUCACCAGAAGGAAUUCAGAAGGCCAUCUGGGAGAUCUGUAAAUGCUUAAUUGAUGACUGGCAGCGGGGCACUGGGACCGUUCUCUACAACCCAGUCGUCCGUACCCAAUCUGGUGCAGGUCCAGGAGUGGGUCCUGGCGGCCUGGGAAGCAAUGGCCGAGGCGAUUACAACAAUGCCCGUGUUAUGCGCACUGGAAACGGAGCCGAUUUCAGUGAGGGAGCCCCCCGAUCAUACAACAGCCGCCGCUCCGACUCGGACGCUGCUCAACGUGGCCCUCCAACUCAUGAUGAGAAUGGAGAGGAGCUGCAGACCCAGAAUAUCAGUAUUCCGUCGGACAUGGUUGGGUGUAUCAUUGGUAGAGCCGGAAGUAAGAUCAGUGAGAUCCGCAAGAUAUCAGGAGCACGUAUCUCUAUUGCCAAAGCUCCGCAUGAUGAGACCGGUGAACGUAUGUUCACUAUCAUGGGCAGUGCUAAAGCCAACGAGACUGCACUUUAUCUUCUCUACGAGAACCUCGAGGCCGAGAAGAUGCGACGAAGCCAAGGCGUUCCUCAGGACUAA